CUACCCAUGAGACAAAAGGUUCAAGGUACUCUCAUUGAUAAUAAAAAGAAACAACACAUGGAUGAUGAUAAACAUAUAAGAAAAUCUACACGAAGUAGAAAUGUUCCUUCCUUCUUAAAGGAUUAUAAUCAUAAUGGGGCUAGUGUUAUACACAACAAUGACAAAGAG